CUCAGAGCCCGCCCCCAAGCCAGCCCCGCCCCCUGCCCAGGCCACACCCCCAGAUGGAGCCCGUUUAGCCACACCGACACGGGCCCCGCCCCAGGCGAGAGAAUUUCCUCCCUCUUUCUCUGCUGUUCCUCCAGGCUGAGUGCUCCUAUGCUGGGGUUUCUUACCCUGCCCCUCCCCCAGCCUCCACCGCGCCGUCUUCCGAGUGCUGUCUUCCGGCGCGCUGUCCCGGCCUCUGCCGGUGGGGAGGGUGCCAGAGAGGCUAAUUGUACCCUGGUAGCCUCGACUCCUCCCGCUGUGGGCAAAGCGGGGCCCCCUCAGCCUCUUCCCAGGACCCGCCUUCUGGCCCCUGUUCCUUUCCGCGGCAGAAUCCCCGUGACCCGACGGGGCUGUGCCGGCCUGGCUUCCUCUCGGGGGAGCUCGUCUUCCGGAAGCUCCCAGCCUGGCCCCGGGCCCCGAGGGAAGCCGAGGCCGCCCAGUCCCCCCGAGCUCCCAGGAGGGAGCUGGGAGAGCCGGCUCGCCAGAAGGACCCUCUCCGGGUUUCUGGGCUUCUCUUCUGGGACUGAGGCCUCUCCCAGCCCCUUUGCCGGCCCCCUGGGGCGCCCGUCCCCGCUUUCUCCGGUCCUCCUCCCUCAGGCGGGGGAGGAGAGCCUGAGCUCUUCGGUUCUGCGGGCAUCCCCAGGCACGGGCUCCCCCCAGCCCCAGGGUGUCCCAGGCUCCGAGGCCUGUCCCGGGGCCUGCCUUGGUGGCUCUGUUUUUCUGGGGGCCGGGCCUGGGGGGCCUGCAGGAAAGAGCUCCUCCUGGGCUCUUGGGGGCUGGCAGGCCUCGGAGGGCCCCCAGAGGGUGCUGGACCCCCCCUGCUGCCUCCUCCGAUGGGCCUCCCUUUCAGGCUCCCUCUCAGCUCAGCCUGGUCGGGCCCAAAGCCUGGAAGGAGAGUCUGGAGUCCAGGGAAGGGCCUGGGGGGCCCCCAACGCCCCCAUCCCAGGGGAGGGCAGGCCAUGCCCAGCCCAGGCCUGUGUAUUCUCCCCUCCUGAGCCCCAGAGACAGCAGAGAGGAAUUCAGAGCAGCAGCCCCAGGCCUGAGGCCAGCAAGGGAAGAAUCCUCCAGGGAGAGAAGCCCUUCCAGGCCUUUUAGCCCCUCAGGGCCUGCUAGAGCUCAAGGCCUGGAGUCAGGGAGGCCUGAGAUCUCCCCCUGCAGGACCCUGGUGCUUGCCUCAGUUUCCUCUCCUGUCCAGUGGGCUGCAGGAGGGGAGGGCAAAGCCUCCCAGCCUCUGCCCAGAAAGCCCCAAAGGAGGGGAGAAGCAGCCAGGCCUGAGCAGCCUGAGCCCAGCCGCCCUGAGACACACAGACACCCCCAGACUGUCCUCUGUCCAUCAGGGCUCAGAGCCUGGGCUCAGGGGCUGCUGCUGCCUUCUGUGGCUUCCCAAAGGGCAGGAGGGGGUUCCUAGGCCUUCCCCAGCCAUCUAAAGGGUCUCUGGGCCUUGUGGACUGGGGGAGGGGCUCAAGGAGACAAGUCCAUGGGACAAUCAGGGGGGGCUGAUCCUCCAGGUCUGAUGUUUUGGGUUUGGAGUCCAGGGCCCAAGGACAAAGGAAUUUCCCUAAUAAUAGUUUGCCUGGGUUUCUGGGGCUGCCAUGCCCCUGCCAAAGGAGACCCUCCUCAGCAUCCCAGAGCCUCAGAAGACCCCGAGGAAGCAUCUGCUUCCCCCCAGAUCCUCUCUGGACCACCUUCCCCACAGCCCCUGGGCUCAGGCUCUUAUUCUCUGGUUCUCACAAUGGGGGAAACUGAGGUAAAGGCUGGGAAAGGUUCUUGGCCAGGCUUCCCCUGCUGGACAGUGUCUGAGGCCAGGUUUGAGUACAGAUCUUGGGGGUUCCAUGCCCGGAGGUCAGCCCCUGAGUCACCCCAUUCCUCCACCUAGGGAGAGUUUUGGCCCCUCCUUUGGGGAGCCUCUGGGGUCUCCCCAAAGCAGGAGUAGCAGGAUGAUCAGAGAGAUUCCUGAAGGAGGGGAACCUGUGGGAAGGGGUCUGGGUUGUCAGUUGCUGCCCUCUGCCUCAGUUUCCUUUUCUGUCAGUGUUUUAGGGUACUAAAGUUGAACCGCUGGGGUUCAGGAGGGAUAUCCUUUGCAAGAAUGCAAGCGCCGAAACUUAGCUUAAAAACAAAAGGAGAAAUUUAUUAAUUUAGAAAGUAAUGUUGCGCAUGGCCAGGAGGGUAGCAGGGUGGGCUGCCAGAGCGGGAGCCGUUCCUUGGGAGGACAUCAGUUCUGGGGAUUUGAGACUCUACAACAGUGUAGAAGGGCUGCCGAGUCAUGGUGACCCCAGUGAGGUAAACACUCAGGGCUCUGCCUGGAGACAUUGGGGUCGCCCUCACAGUGUAGGGGGCAGAUGGAUGUCUGAGACACAGUCUGACGGAGGCGAGGUGCAGCCUGGAGGUGCUUCUCUCUGCCCAUCUCAAAUCUAAAGGAGGGUCCAAGGAGGAGAGUCCUCUCAGGAGUUGUCAGAUGCUCUGGGUUAGGAGUCACGAGGACAGAAGGGAGCCAAGGACUGCCCUGCUUACACUUCGCCUGAGUUUGGGGCUACGAUGCCCAUGCCAUCAGAAGGGGGGAUCCUAGCGCCCCCUCCGCAGGCCCUGGGGAGCAGAGACCCAUGGGUUGAUCAGCCAGUCAAGAGACACUUAUUAGGCACCUGCUGUGUGCCAGGCUGCAUCCUGAGGCAGAUUCUGGGCUAAGAAAAAAGCAGCCGGCAGGGCAGGAAGACGAAAUGAGGGUGGGAGAAAAGGGCUGCAGCCCCCAGGAUGGGGCACAAUACAUAUAUAUACCCCUCCCCCACCAGCCCUCUACACCCAGGCGCCCAGGUAGGACGACUCCAUUUCCCAGAAUGCCCCUGUCAUGACAUCAUGCAAGCCCUAGCCCUCCUCAGUAGAUGACUCCAUUUCCCAGAAUGCUGGUUCCCUGACUCCUCCCUAUUUUUGGCUCCUCCCUGUGGCAGCCUCGGGGCAUGCUGAGAACUUCAUUUGAGUGGUCUCAGCUCCCGGAAGGUGUAUCGCUGCUUCUUGGACCUUUGCUAGCGCACACAGAGGAAGUCUCUCCCCCUCAGGCUGCCACCCCCUGAAGGACCCCCGUGUGGCCCCGCAGAGAGCCCGCAGCCAGAGGAAUGGCCCCCGGGACCCCGAGGCCCCCCUCCCAGGCAAAUGAUUUCCAGCUCAUGAAAACAAACACUUGACACACUUGGAGAAGGUCCUGCAGAAGUUUUCUCCUCUGAGAAGGAAUAGAAAGCACCCGGGCACAGCCAGAGACCACCCAACUCUGGUGGGGGCACAAGACCAGCCCUGUGGGCCUCUCUCUGUGACUGUGCUCUUGGCUCACUAGAAAUUGUAAAGAAAAGGACAGGAACCACACUACACCCUGACAAGACCAGACCACACAAAAUAGCCCACGAGAAACAUCACCCUCCUGAGAUGGGGCACAGCUCAGCUCAACGUGGGUCUUUAAUGGGGAGUCCGAAAACAAAGAGCCCUAAAAGAAAAGCUGCUGAGCAUCUCCAGAACUUCUUCCUGAGGGAUCUCAGAAUCCUGAAUCCUUCCCUUAAUCUCCUCACAUUGACAAACUACAAAGAAAUGUCCCGGCCAUAAUUCCGAGCUGAAGAUCCAAACCUAAUUGUGGUCAGUGACAGCUGGAGAUGUCACUCCACCCAGCAAAGGUCCCAUAGAGGCGUCCAGCACUGUGUUCUGUGGGUUUCUGACAGAUAAGCAGCAGAAGGUACGGAGGAUGUUAAGGAACACGCAGUGUGUUUGGUAACAAAGGUUUGGAGCCUUUGACUCAAAGUCCCAACUUCAGAGGAGAGAAUUUCCCGAAUCCUCCAGAACUUUCCUACCACUUGGGUCACAGGAACCUUUCUGGGCCACAAUGGUUUGGGCAGCUUCUAGUUGGCCUCAAUCUUCAAAGGAUCCAACAGGACCUGAACAUGCCCAGUUUGCUUUCCUGGGAUCUCCUCAGGGCAGCUGUAGACUCCCCAGUCCCAGUGAGCCCAGCUGCUCUGCUUGGCUCUCAGCUUCCCUAGAUAACUGCCCAGACCUAAAGCUUUUAUUCUUCCCACAGAAAGUCUUCAGUAUCAUUCAUUGCUGUAAUACGCUGAUGACCCACCAAACUGCAUCCCUCCCGAUACUGUGGCCGGCAUUCUAUUAUACUUGAUAUCUUGUACACGAUUAAUGGAAUAACCGGGUCUAACUCUUUAACUGUCCCUGCAGUUACUUAUCUAAAGGAUUCUGGGUGAUCCCUUGUUUCCGGAUCGAUCGUAUAAAGGCCAUAAAACAAUUUUCCCUUCAAUAUGUAUGAAAUAAAUUGUAGGAAGUCAAACAAAAGGUGGGUCAAAAAAGGUUUCUUGCAGCAGAUGAGAUUAUCAUCCAGACCUGAAGGAAUCCAGCACUGAGGAGGCAGAGACUAGUGUGGACAGUAGUGAAAGUUGGGGAGGAGGGAGAGGAGUCCCGGAACUAGGUCAGGAGAUGGAGAGUCUCCUGUGAGGAACUAGAAAGAGCCCAGUGUUGCUCCGGUACUAAAAGAGUAUGGGAGGGACUAAGGGGAGAGGGAAGGAGAGUGAGGGGGAAGUUCUUAGGGUGACCAACCUUGUAGGUGGCUGCCCAGGUGGAAUAUCAAGCCCUGAGGUGGUUUAGAUGCUUAGGAACUGGUGGCAGUGGCAUUCCAAAUAAUUGAGGGCAAGUCUCAGCGUGGAAAGACAAGCAGGGUCCUGAGGUCCUCUCCUUGGGUGCCACUUGAGGACAUCAUUGAUCUUAGGACUUCAGAGGCAGGGCAUUUAAAGCAGUGAGGCCUACCAGGAACCACCCAGAGUAGAUGAGUUCCAAACAAAGCUGCCUUCUUUCCUUAGAACAAGUCUCGCUGCAUUCUUCCCUUUGAGCCCAGAUUUCUCUGCUUUCCUUUGGGCCGGAAUUCUUUCUGCCUUCUGGUACUAAGUAUAUCUGAAUGAGAACUUUUUGCUGUCCCUGCUAGAGGUGGUGGCUGCCCUUUCUCUCUGGACCUCAUCCUUCCUCUCUGAAUGUCCUUUAGCUGUAUCAAAAGCAAUUCUUCCUGCAAGUUCUGGCUGCAGAGACUGCUUUCUGCCCCUGCUACAGUUGUGGGAGAGGGAAUACUGGUGCUGGCCCAAAGAACUGUAGCUCAGACGUGUUCCUCCCAAGACAUGAUGGUGUCCAUUGAAGGAUAUGCUGUAUAGUGUCACCUUGGGGAUGGAGAAAGUCAUUAUAGUGGAGUAGAAUAGCCCUGUGUGGUGAAGAAGACAAUGGAAUGGUCCUUCUAGAGUUUCUAGUUUUUAGAUUGUAUUCAGGAUCUGAGGAACUGUGUUUUCAUAUGCUUGGAAAUUCAGACUUUCCUCAGACUAUUUUUCCCCUGGAUAUCUCAGGGGCUUUCCAGGCUGAACAAUAGGGAAUGGGUCAGGAAGGGGUGAAUUAGAAGAGUAUCCAAUACCAAGUAUAAAAUAUAUAAGAGAGAGAGAGAGAGAGAGAGAGAAACAACCUGUGCUGGAGGAGAGAACUACCAUAUUUUUUUUUUCUUAUAGGCCAUUUACCCCUAGUCUAUUCCAUUGAUCCACUCUUCUAUCCAGUAUCAUAUUUUAAUGAUUACUGCUUUAUUGUACAGUUUAAGAUCUGGUACUGCUAGGCCACCAUUGUUCACUUUUUUUUUCAUUAAUUUCUUUGAUAUUCUUGAUCUUUUGUUUUUCCAGGUGAACUUUGUUAUAAUUUUUUCUAAUUCUAUAAAAACAUUUUUGGGGUAGUUUGAUAGGUACAGCACUGAAUAAGUAAAUUAAUUUAGGUAAGAUUGUUAUUUUUAUUAUAUUAAUUUGCCCUACCCAUUUUUCUUUCUUUUAGAUUUUGUAGUGUCAACUGACCAAUUAAUAAAUUAUUUAAAAUGAAAAAAUUGUGCCUCUUGAGAAUUCCAA